CAGGACUCAGUGACCUUUGAGGAAGUGAGUGUGAAGUUCAGCAUGGAGGAGUGGGCUCUGCUGGAUCUAUCCCAGAAGAAACUCUACAGAGAUAUGAUGCAGGAAACCUGCAGGAACCUGACCUCAAUAGAAGAAAAGUUGAAAGACCCUGACAUUGAAGGUCAGUAUGAAAAUCAUGGGAAAAAUCUAAGGCACAUGACAUCUCACACUACACCCAACCCAUAUGAGUAUCUGGGAUAUGAAGAGAAGCCAUAUAAAUGCAAGGAAUGUGGGGAAGGCUUCAAGCAUCAUCAGUCCAGACAUAUGCAUGAAAAGGUUCACGCUGGAGAGAAACCCUUUAAUUGUAAGAAAUGUGGGAAGGCCUUCAAGCUUCGCCAGUCCUAGAAGGCAUGAAAGGAUUCACACUGGAGAGGAACCCUAUGAAUGUAAAAGAUGUGGAAAAGCCUUCAGGUAUCACCACAACUUUCAAAAACAUGAACAAACUCACAAUGGAGAGAAACCCUAUAGAUGUAAGCAGUGUGGUAAAGCCCUCAGUUCUCUCAGAUACUGUUGAAUUCAUGAAAUAAUGCACACUGGAGAAAAACCUUAUAAAUGUAAGCAAUGUGGUAAAGCUUUCAAUUGUCGCAGUUAUUCCAUAAAACAUGAGAGAACUCAUAGUAGAUUGAAACCAUAUGAAUGUAAGCAAUGUGGUAAAGCCUUCAGUUGUGCCAGUUACAUUCGAAGACAUGAAAGGACACAUACUAGAGAAAAGCCUUAUGAAUGUAAGGAGUGUGGUAAAGCUUUUAGUUGUUCAAGUUCCUUUCGAAAACAUGAGAGAACCCAUACCGGAGAGAAACCCUAUGAAUGUAAGCAAUGUGGGAAAGCCUUCAGUUCUCUCACCAAAUUUCAAAGACAUGUAAUGAAGCACACUGGAGAUGGACCUUAUGAAUGUAAAGAGUGUGGGAAAGUCUUUCAUUGUCCCAAUUAUUUUCAUUGUCAUGAAAGGACUCACAGUGGAGAAAAUCCAUAUAAAUGUAAGGAAUGUGGUAAGGCCUUCAGUUUUCCUUGUUGUCGUCAAAUACAUGAAAGAAGUCAUACUGAAGAGAGGCCCUAUGAAUGUAGGCAGUUUGGUAAAGCCUUCACUUACCUCAGUUCCAUUCAAAAACAUGAAAGAAGUCAUAGUGGAGAGAAACCCUAUGAAUGUAAGGAAUGUGAAAAAGCCUUCAUUUAUCCCUCAAAUGUCCAAAGACACAUGAUAAUGCAUACUGGUGAUGGACCUUGCACGUAUAAAGAGUGUGGGAAAGCCUUUAAGUGUCCCAGUUCAUUAUGAACACAUGAGAACACUCACUCUGGAGAGAAGCCCUACCAAUGCAGAACUUGUAGUAAAGCCUUCAGUUGUCCAGUUAUCUUCAAAACCAUGAAAAAACUCAUAAUGGAGAAUAGCAUUAUGAAUAUGAGGAAUAUUGGGAGGCGUUUAUUCUAGAUCAUUCCAAAUACGUAAAAGAGCCUUCGCUGGAGUUUGAUAGCACAAGGGUUGGUUAGCAGUACUUGACAGGGGUGUUUCCAGUGAGGUUAAAAGAGAGUUCUUCUGGAGAUGUCUUGAAAUAAAUGAAAUCUCCAUGUUGUAA